UAUUCAUUACUAGACAAUUCUGAGUAGGUAGUGGUACAGUAGUACUAGUAGUUAUGUAUGUGCUUAGCUUAGAAAUGGCUGUGAAACCGUGCACGCUAAAGACUCAAUCUUUGGCUUACGUUUUCCUAGAAAAUUUUGACUCAGAGGGAAAAUUCACACCGACAAUAAAGAAAGAUCAUUAAGUGGCUAGCCAUUAGUUGAACCACCUCCUUUUCAAGAGGCCAAAAUUCAGCUCAACAACCCUAAUUACUCCUCUUUUGUUUUCUAUAUUAACCUCCAAAAACCCCAAUUCACCAAACAAACCCAAACCCAAACCCUAACCCUAACCCUUACAGAAUUGAAAUCAAGUGUUUCGGAGACAUCACCUUUUGGGGAAAAUGGCCAGCGAAGACGAGCGCGCGGGAGCGGAGAUCGUGUACGGCCACGAGGAGUGCCACCGGAGAUCGAUCGAGCUUCUGGAGGAGCUAGGGUUUCCGAAGGGGGUUCUGCCUUUGCAGGAUCUGGAAGAGUGUGGAAGAGUGAAAGAGACUGGCUACGUGUGGAUGAAACAGAAGGCACCGUACGAACACUUCUUCGAGAAGACGAAUACUCGUGUGAGCUACGCGGUGGAGGUGACGGCGUAUGUGGAGAAGUUCAAGAUGAAGAAGAUGACCGGAGUUAAGAGCAAGCAGAUGUUUUUAUGGGUUCCGAUUGUGGAGAUGAGCAUAGAAGAUCCGGCGAAGAAGAAGAUUUACUUCAAAACCCCAAUGGGGAUUGGCAAGUCGUUUCCGGCGACGGCGUUCAUGACGGAGGAGGAGAAAGAGAAGUACUUGGAGGAGAAGAAGAAUAAGGCUGCUAUUGAAGCUUGAAAGCUUCUCUUCAAUGGCGGUUUGUCGUUGUAACUGUUUUUUUUUUCUGAAUAAUUUUUUUUUUGAAAAAAAAUUAUAAUAUGAUAAUUUACAUGUGUGCCAUUACUCUUUUUUUUUUUCAAUUUUAAAAGACGAUUAUAAUGUUAAAAAUUACUAUCCAACUGUUUUCUUAUUUA